UAAUUUAUUAUCUCUCUGUGUGGUGCUUGCUAGAAGGUGCUGAAUUAAGGAGAGAAGAGAGAGAGAAUUUUGGAGAAGGUUUGAAGUGAUUGGAUUUCACAGUUAUAUGCAUUAAAAGCUAAGGCCAUAGAGCAGUUACAAUGAAAUAUAUGCACGGCUUCAGUAAUAAUAAUAAUAAUAUCAAAUACAUGCCGUAAACUACAAGAACGUAUCUUGAAAGUAGAAUAUGAAGGAUCCAAAGGAGGAUGAAGAGAAAUCUAGGAGGGUUGUGGAGAAAUCCACGGAGCUUAGAAGAAGGGGAAGAAGGAGAAACAAGCAAUGCAGCAAAGCAGAUAGAUUACAAGAGAAAGGAUUUGAUUCACAGCUUGUGUCCUCUACUUGUUCCAAGAAUCUUGUGUUCGCUGCAAGGCCUGGCUAUGGCCACCUUGGAACAAAAUGUGUCGUCAAAGCUAACCACUUCCUUGCAGAUAUUUCAGCAUCUGACCUCAGCCAUUACACUGUUAAGAUAAUACCUGAAGUGAGGUGUCGCAAAACAAGCAAAGCUAUAAUAGCUGAGUUGGUGAGGGUUCAUAAGAACACUGACUUAGGGAUGAGGCUUCCUGUUUAUGAUGGAGGAAGGAAUCUUUACACUGCUGCCAUGCUUCCUUUCACAUACAAAGAGUUCACUAUAUUAUUGACUGAAGAUGAUGAGAGUAUUGGUACUACCAGGUAAGUUUAUUAUUCAAGUUAUUAUAUUUUAUAAUAUAACAUUAUUUUGAUCCUCAUGCAUCAAUUACGUGAGCUUCUCAGUGGGAAACAAGUGGACACACCACAAGAAGCACUUACUGUUAUUGACAUUGUUCUGAGGGAGCUUGCAGCACAGAGUUACGUGUCCAUUGGGAGGUUUCUGUAUUCUCCUGAUUUUAGAAAACCACAGCAGCUUGGUGGUGGCUUAGAAUCAUGGCGUGGAUUCUACCAAAGUAUAAGGCCUACCCAGAUGGGUUUAUCACUUAAUAUUGACAUGUCAUCAAUGGCGUUUAUUGAGCCACUCCCUGUGAUUGACUUUGUUGCUCAAAUUUUGGGAAAAGAUGUGCACUCAAAGCCAUUGUCGGAUGCAGAUCGUGUCAAGAUUAAGAAGGCCCUAAGAGGUGUAAAAGUUGAAGUUACACAUAGAGGGAGUUUUAGAAGGAAGUACAGGAUAUCAGGAUUGACAUCACAGCCAACAAGGGAGCUUAACUUCCCUCUUGAUGAGAAAAUGAACAUGAAAUCAGUGGUUGAUUAUUUUCAAGAAAUGUAUGGAUACACAAUCAAGUAUCCUCAUCUACCUUGUCUUCAAGUAGGAAGCCAAAAGAAGGUGAACUAUUUGCCAAUGGAGGCAUGCAAGAUAGUUGGAGGCCAGAGGUAUACAAAAGGGCUAAACGAAAAGCAGAUAACUUCUCUCUUGAAGGUCUCAUGCCAGAGACCACGCGAACAAGAGACAGAUAUUCUUCAGACAAUUCAAGAAAAUGAUUAUGAAUAUAAUCCGUAUGCGAAAGAGUUUGGUAUAAGUGUAGACAGCAAGCUUACAUCAGUUGAUGCUCGGGUUCUUCCUGCUCCAUGGUUGAAAUAUCAUGACACUGGAAGAGAGAAAGAGUACUUGCCACAAGUUGGUCAGUGGAAUAUGAUGAACAAGAAAGUAAUAAAUGGAAGCACUGUAAGAUACUGGGCAUGUAUCAAUUUCUCAAGAAGUGUUCAAGAAAGCACAGCUCGUGGAUUUUGCCAACAGUUAGUUCAGAUGUGCCAAAUCUCAGGCAUGGAAUUUAGCCAGGACCCUGUGAUUCCUGUAUAUUCAGCAAAACCUGAUCUAGUUAAGAAGGCUUUGAAGUAUGUACAUUCAGCUUCUCUAGAAAAUCUUGGUGGCAAGGAGCUAGAGUUGCUUAUUGCAAUUCUUCCAGACAACAAUGGCUCUCUAUAUGGUGAUCUCAAAAGAAUCUGCGAAACUGAUCUUGGGUUGAUUUCUCAGUGUUGUCUUACAAAGCAUGUAUUCAAGAUUAAUAGACAGUACUUGGCAAAUGUUGCACUCAAAAUCAAUGUCAAGAUGGGAGGAAGGAACACAGUGCUUUUGGAUGCUUUAAGUUGGAGGAUCCCAUUGGUUAGUGACAUUCCAACAAUAAUAUUUGGAGCUGAUGUAACUCAUCCAGAAUCCGGAGAGGACUCUUGUCCUUCCAUUGCUGCUGUUGUAGCCUCACAGGACUGGCCAGAAGUAACAAAGUACGCAGGAUUGGUUUGCGCGCAGCCUCAUCGGGAAGAACUCAUACAAGAUCUUUUUAAAUGCUGGAAAGAUCCUCAUCAUGGUGUAGUUUAUGGUGGCAUGAUCAGAGAGCUCUUACUCUCAUUUAAGAAGGCAACUGGACAAAAACCACUGAGGAUAAUAUUUUACAGGGACGGGGUAAGCGAAGGACAAUUCUACCAAGUUUUGCUAUAUGAACUUGAUGCCAUUCGUAAGGCUUGUGCAUCUUUGGAACCAAGUUACCAACCUCCAGUAACAUUUGUUGUGGUUCAAAAACGUCAUCAUACUAGACUCUUCUCAAGCAAUCAUGAUGAUAGAAAUAGCACUGACAAGAGUGGCAAUAUCUUACCUGGUACUGUGGUUGAUUCUAAGAUCUGUCAUCCUACAGAAUUUGACUUCUAUUUAUGCAGUCAUGCUGGAAUUCAGGGUACAAGUAGACCAGCUCACUACCAUGUCUUAUGGGAUGAGAACAAUUUCACUGCUGAUGAAAUUCAGUCUCUCACCAACAACUUAUGCUACACUUAUGCAAGGUGUACAAGAUCUGUUUCAGUAGUGCCUCCUGCAUACUAUGCUCAUUUGGCAGCAUACCGAGCUCGAUUCUACAUGGAACCUGGUGCCACUGAGAUUUCUAAAGCGCGGGGUGCAAGAUCAAAAGAUGGUUCAGUUCGGCCACUCCCAGCUCUCAAAGAAAAAGUCAAGAAUGUCAUGUUCUACUGUUGAAUAUCAUAAGCUCAAAUAAAUGAGACAGAGACUUCAAUUGAAAUUAAACAGCACCAUAGGAAAAACACCAAGCUAAAUAUUAGUGAUCUCAUGAAAAACUCCAUCAUCAUCAUCAUCAUGUACAACAACAUAUCCUUGUUCAUAUAAAUUGUAUCUGAUUAUCUCUGGAAAUUUUGUUAAGUCUAGUAGCCUUUUUUUUUCAAGUCUUUGUUACCAACACGUGUGAUGCAGAAAUUGCUUGCUUUAAAGUGCCUAAAUGGUGAAAAUCAGGUUAGUAUUUGUGGCUACUGGCAUUUGAUGAAACCAAAAUUCAAUUUA